AUGAUUUGUCUCUCAUCCCUAACAAUUUCCACGUUUAUCCCGAAAUUCAAUAGUGUGCAAAUAAUCACAGAUUCUAAUAAUAAUUCGACCUCCGCUUCUAAUCAUUAUUCAAAUGUGCCAACUGUUUCUGCCAUUACUCUAACACACCCAAUAUCAGAAAUGUUAAUGAACAGAUCUAAAUCAUCGUUGUCGCCAUCCUCUACAGCGACGGCUGGUUCUGAAGUUCCUUCAGGACCAACUCGACAGAAUCAAUUUUCAUCAUUGACACCUUCUAGUUCAAAAUCGGAGCCAGCACUAUCAUGGCAAAUACCCCCAAGUGCUCUGGCUCCGAAGAAACUAAAGAAUGAAAAAAUUGAAAAAAUGGAGCUACGCAUUGCUGAAAAUAAAUUCGAUGUUGAAGCUUGGCUAACGCUGCUUGGUGAAGUAUUAACGAAAGCUGAUGUAGAUAAAGUCGGUGAUACCUUCGAGCGGUUUUUGAAAAUUUAUCCGGCGUCGUCACGUCAAUGGAUACAAUAUGCAGAAUUCGAAUUAAAACAUAAUAAUAUCGAAAAAGUGGAAGAGAUAUUUAAACGUUGUUUGCGUCCUGUUCUCUCUGUUGACUUGUGGAGACAUUAUUUGAACUAUGUGCGUCGAAAAAAUGCCGGCGAUAAACCAAAUGCUCCGAUCUCGCCUGCAGCACGAAAAACUAUUGAAUCGGCUUAUGAAUUUGUUCUUAAUCAUGUUGGUAUGGAUAUGGCUGCCGGAAAUUUGUGGGGCGAUUACUUGUUUUUCCUAAAAAACACAGAAACCAGCAGCUUAUGGGAAGAACAGCAAAAGAUGGAUCAAAUGCGAAAAACUUUCAAGAGGGCCACGAGCAUUCCGAUUCAUAAUGUAGAACAUAUCUGGAAAGAAUAUGAUGCAUUCGAGAAUGGACUAAAUAAAAUUACGGCUAAAAAAUUCUUGCAAGAGAGAUCUCCUUCAUAUAUGACAGCGCGCACGGCAUUAAAAGAAUUACGAGGUUUUAUGGAUGAAGUUAAUAGAGCCGUUAUUCCAGUGCCACCUAAAUGGGAUCGAACUGAAUUACAACAAUUGGAUGCAUGGAAACGUUGGAUAGCAUGGGAAAAGUCUAAUCCCCUAGCAUUUGAGGACAAGGCACAGUUGGCGCAAAGGGUCGUAUAUGCAUAUAAACAAGCAAUGAUGUAUGAAGCCUCGAAUUACUGGAUCGAGAUUAACAAGGAAGAAGAUGCUGCAAAUCUUUUAAAGACUGCCAUGGAUAUAAUGCCCACCAGUUUUCUGGUGCAUUUCGCGUAUGCAGAGCUACAAGAACGCCGCAAAAAACUUCCCGAAGCACAUCAGACAUACGAAACCCUUCUCAAUAACCUAACGGAGCAAAUCAAAAAGAUCGAGCAAAUCGCCAAAGAUGAAGUUGAUGCUUUAGCAAGACCUACUAUUGAGGGGCGUGCUGAAGGAGUGAAAGCCGCGCGAGCUAUAUUCAGUAAAGCACGAAAAUCACCAUAUUGCACUUAUCAUAUAUACGUGGCUGCUGCUCUAAUGGAAUAUCACUGCAGUAAAGACCAAUCUGUGGCUGGCAAAAUUUUUGAACUAGGCUUAAAAUCUUUUGCUGACAAACCGGAAUACGUGUUGCAAUAUCUUGACUUUUUAAUAGAGCUUAACGACGACAAUAAUACUCGUGCUCUUUUUGAAAGAACAUUAUUAACAAUGCCGGUAGACAAAGCGAAAAUAGUCUGGGAAAAAUUCUCCGACUACGAAAAUAAUUAUGGUGAUAUUGGCUCCUUACGGAAAAUUGAAGAACAGUCACCUUUAAUUCGCUUCGCAGAACGUUAUAGUUAUUUGAACACUAAUGUGAUUCUGGAUAAAGAAAUUGGAGCAACGAAAAGACGAAUCGAUAUUCCCGAAUUAUCACCACCAGUUGAACCAAGUACUCGUGUAUCCAAAACACAAGAACAAGACUCGCACACAGCUCGUAAAGCAUUAUUAAAUUCCGUACAACCUGAAAAAUAUCCUCGACCCGAUUUCCGACAAUGGGUACCAUAUAAACCAACCCCAGAUCAAUUAAGACGACCGACUUUUCCUUCAGGAAGUGCUGCUCAAGGUUCAGUUCCACCACCAGAAGUAGCUUCUCAGUCACUAGGAUUCCAGAAUGUUCAAGGAACACGCGAAAGUUCGGCAUUGUUACGGCCAAGUCCUCCACCCUCAAUAAGAGCACCGACUCCCCCAAGUCAACAUCCACCACAUGUAAUAUGGAAACGAGGGCCUAACGGAAUGCUAUUACCCGAGGCAAUAGCUAAUUUCCUUGGUGCAUUACCUCCUCCGAUGUCAUUUGUAGGACCUUAUAUUAACCCAAUCGAAUUAGCUGAAAUAGUUCGCACUAUAAAUAUCACACCUCCGAAUAUAGGUGGUGGCCUACAACCACCACCACACACUCAUCUACCUCCACCAGGACAAAGAGAUAUGCGGGGAGGAAGUCCUGCUCGUGGAGGACCAUCAUACGGUGACGGAAGGUAUGUAGAUGGACCAAGGGGUGGAUAUGGUGGUCAAGAAAACGUAAGAGGAGGAUAUGGUGGCCCAGGGACAGGGAGAGCGAGACAAGGAGAGUUCUUUGGAAAACAGAUGAGGGGUUCGGCGCAAGUGGGAGGUGGACGAGGUUCUGCUGGUGGAAAAAGGAGGAGGAGGGAAUAUGACGGGGAAGACGACUUCCCAGGCAAAGGUGGACCUGGAAUAAAUCAAGCACCUGAAUUUGAUCUAUACCGGGCACGACAACAAAAGCGUGCUCGCGAAG